CACAAGCGCUCCGUCCCUUCCCGCGGCAGGCGGAGGGAAGAGAAAGGGUCUGUUGUUUUUCUCUCCUUGUUUCUCUCUCCCUCGCUACUGAUCACCAAGCUGCUGACCAGGAAAAAAGAAAGAGAGAGAAAGAAAGAAGAAAAACGACAAACUUCCUUUGGAGAUCAGCUUGUAGUCCGGGCCUGGAGUGCACGCCCUCGACUCGGCAACUCAGGAACCCUGCAGAUGCUCUGAGCGACCUGGGAGCACCUGAGCUGCACUCCUGCCCGCCCCCACCCUCCUCUGGUGACCCCAGUCGUGGGCGUGAGUCCGGAAGUGGCCACGAGCAAGCCGGGACAGCCGCUCAUAAACCUGUGUAGACCCGGACAAGCUCUGGCCCCGACAGCUGGAAGGCAGCUGGGGCUGUGGCAGCUGGGGUCACUGUAGCCACCUUCCUCACCGAACUGCCACGGCUGGACCCUGGUUCUCAGUCCUGGAACAGCACCCACUUCUUUAAGAGGAUAAUUCCAGCAGGAGAGAAUGCGUGGGACUUGAGAAAAGAAGAGGAAAAGAAUGAAAUCCGGAUUUGUGGAAGGCUGACUCCAUCCAAUGACUUCAGUCCCACCAGAAUCCUUCCUCUCAACCUGAAAGCCCUGUACCCUCAUCGGUCCCAUGUGGCCACAGCAAGGGAGAGGUGAAAAGAGCUCAGGCUGCGGCCCUUUUUCCCAUCUGAGAAAGACACGCACUCCCUGGAGCCAGGAGUAACUGUGUAGACACCAUCUAGCCUUCCACACUAUAGUCCUUUAAUAGGACUUUUCUGGGUUCGUGUGCUUUCCAACCCAAUGACCUCCUUCUUACUGGAUUGGUCUCUUUGUUACAUACCAAGCCUAGAUUAGGCAACUCCCUGAGGGCAGGAAAGUCCUUUGGUGCCCCUCAGUUGACCUCUUCUGACCAUGGAACACCAUCAAGCUGAGCUUCCAGCCUCUGGUGAGGCCGAGAUUCCAGAAGCAGUCAGCCCUGAGAACCGUGAGGUCCUGUCACAAUCAGAUGAGCACCCCCAGGACAGGGGUGCUGCAGAUACUGAUGGGGCGGCUGGAGAACAGGAGCCAGCAGACCCAGCUUCACUGCCGGCCGAGGGCCAGGAUAACCUGGAGUCCCCUCCACCUGAUGUGAGUUCAAAUCAACUGGGGCCAGCCCACGGGGCACAGCCUGAGGUAGAGACAGUGGGGGCCUGCUCCAGGCCCCAGGAGCUCCCCCUGCCCCCCAGGGCCCGACAGCCUGAGCUAGAUUUCUACUGUGUAAAGUGGAUCCCCUGGAAGGGAGAACGGACACCCAUCAUCACCCAGAGCACUAACGGCCCUUGCCCUCUCCUUGCCAUCAUGAACAUCCUCUUUCUUCAGUGGAAGGUGAAGCUGCCCCCUCAGAAGGAAGUGAUCACAUCAGAUGAGCUCAUGGCCCAUCUUGGAGACUGCCUCCUGUCCAUCAAGCCCCAGGAGAAGUCAGAGGGACUUCAGCUUAAUUUUCAGCAGAAUGUGGACGACGCAAUGACAGUGUUGCCUAAACUGGCCACGGGUCUGGAUGUCAACGUGCGAUUCACAGGGGUCUCUGAUUUUGAGUACACUCCUGAGUGCAGUAUCUUUGACCUCCUAGGCAUACCUCUGUACCAUGGUUGGCUUGUUGAUCCACAGAGUCCUGAGGCUGUGAGCGCGGUUGGGAAACUGAGUUACAACCAGCUGGUGGAGAAGAUCAUUACCUGCAAGCACUCGAGUGACACCAACCUUGUGACGGAAGGCCUGAUUGCAGAGCAGUUUCUGGAGACCGCCGCAGCACAGCUGACCUACCAUGGACUGUGUGAGCUAACGGCCGCUGCCAAGGAGGGUGAACUUAGCGUCUUUUUCCGAAACAACCACUUUAGCACCAUGACUAAGCACAAGAGUCACUUGUACCUACUGGUCACCGACCAGGGCUUUCUGCAGGAGGAGCAGGUGGUGUGGGAGAGCCUGCACAACGUGGAUGGAGACAGCUGCUUCUGCGACUCUGACUUCCACCUGAGUCAUUCCCUCGGCAAGGGGCCUGGAGCCGGAGGUGGGAGCGGCUCCCCCGAAAAGCGGCGGCAGGUAGACCAGGACUACCUGAUUGCCCUGUCCCUGCAGCAGCAGCCGCAGGCCGCGCUGGGUCUUAGCGACUUGGAGCUGGCCCAGCAGCUGCAGCAGGAGGAGUACCAGCAGCAACAAGCAGUGCAGCCUGCGCAGGCGCGGGCCUCCCCGCAGGGGAGAGGAGCCACGUCUGGACGCCAAGUCGGAGAGCGUCGGCAGAGGCCCAAACAAGAGUCAGACUGUGUUCUCCUGUAGCGUUGCCCAGUGCUGGGGCUGCCCUGCCUCUUCCUUCGGAGGCGAUGGCUAUCCUGCUUGCUCCCCCAGCUCAAGCCCUGACAUAUGCAGGGUAACUUAUUUAUGGACUGUGGGGGAUCAGAGCAGGCAGUAAAUGCCAAGGUCGGACUUGGUAACAUCCCGCCCUCAUGUGCUGCCACCUUCUCUGCCUCCCAGUCAUCAGGGCAACACUGGGGUUGGUGGGGUGAGGAUUUCAGGGUUCCAGCUCCCCUUCUCCGGAGUAGUCACACUCAUACAUGGACUCAGGCUCCAGGGUGAGCUCCCCAUCUAGAAUGCAUCUCCCCUACUUCCACCCCCGUGACUGGCUGGGUCGUCUUGGCGAUCCCGCGGCCAAUUGUUUCAGGGUUUGGUUUGGGUUUCUAUCUCCAUUAUUUGUAAUGCUUUCCUAGGGGUUUGGAAAUAAAACUUGUUUCCUGA